UAAUACGACAUAUCAAAGGUUGACAAUAUCCACUAUAACACCGACAGACACGUGCUUAUAAUCUUAGUAUACUGAGCACCACAAAACUACAAUACAAAAUGCUUUCACAGUUCAAAAAUCUUUUCAAAUUCAUAAUUUUGGCCCAUAACAGGCUUACCAAAUUUUCACGAUUUCAACUUCACAAAUUCAACUUCGUGACUUCAUUAUUUCAUCCUUACAAAUUCUCAAUUUCCACUUCAUUCAUAAAAUCAUUAAUAUGUGAAGUUGAAAUCGUGACUUCAUGGAUUUGAAAUCUUGAACUCUUGAAGUUGAAAUCGUGAAUUCUUGAAGUUGAAUAAGGGAAGUUGAAAUGUAAAUACUCAUGAAGUAAAAAACGUAUUUUUUUAAAUUGAAAUAGUGAAUUCAUGAGGUUAAUAUUGUACAUUCGUGAAUUUUAAGUCGGGAAUUCAUGAAGAUGAAAUCGCGAAUUUAUGAAGUUUAAAUGACCCUACCGAUCUAUCGUUGUAUCCGUUGACAAAAUGUUGAACGGAGUUCAAUUGUAUUAGUCCAUCACAGAUAAAAAUUUAGAAAGAAAUGCUAUGAAACAUAAUCGAUUAAACCCAUUCAAUUUGGUUUUGGUGCUCUAUAACAACGAAUCAUUUUCUGUGGUGUACAAUUUUAACUUUCAAUGUGUCAAAAUCCGCCAGUCCUUCAGAUACCCAUUAAUAAUAUUGAUUUUUUACUAAUUGAUUGUUUGAUUCAUUGAUUCUUUGAUUUGUUGAUUACUUAAACUAUUGUUGUAUUCAAAAAUUGUUCACACCUUUUACUUUUUUUGUUAGCAAAUCUAUGUCCAACUCUGUCUCAGAUACGCAGCAUGGCAGUAUAUUCCAAGAUACAAGUGAUGGCCUUGCAAAUAACUAUGAAAGCGUUGCUGAAUACAACCUGCGAUCGGCACUAUUACCUGAACGGCAAUAUACAGCUUCGAACAGUUAAAAGAACGUGUCAGUCUGAUGGAAAAUGGAGUGGCAAAGACCCAAUUUGUGAAGAGCCAAAAUGCAAUUUGAUAGAGGAUUUUUACGGUGGAAAUGUUAAAUAUUUUUGGGGAAGGAAUCUCUACUCAAAAGCGUUUUACAGUUGCGACGAAAAUUACUCUAUGAUACCAAUCAAUGUCGGGCAUUCUACGUGUGAAAAUAAUUUACGAUGGGAACCCCCACCUCCAAAGUGUUACAAACAAGCUUAUAUAUAUGUUCCAAAUGAUGGGUUUUUGAGAGGAAAAAAAAGAGGCAAAGUCUGGCACGAUGAAUCAUACAAGAUAUGCUGUCAUCGUGGUUUUGAGGUUAAAAUAGAUGGCAUUGUACCAGUAAACAAGGAGUUAUGUACAAAUAUCCGGAACAACAAUGGAACACUUGAGCCGAAUGCUGAAUGUGUAGAAGAAUGGUGUGAACCGGAUAUGCGUCAUACUAAAUAUAAACAUGAGGACGGUUUUCAAUUUACAUCAAGAAUUCCAAGUAAUGAAGACGUUUGGAUUUCGUGCGAAAAAGGGUAUGCGUUCUACAACAGCAGAAAUCAACUAUUACUUUCUCCUCAGAAAAGACGGUGUGUACAGGGCCAAAUUAAAGGCGCUCCUACAUGCAUUGAAGCGAAGAGUUCGCUUGCUGGUUACCCUUACAAUCAAUUCACACUAUUCCGAGAUUCGAAGAGAAACAGAUUAGACAGGGAAACAUUUAUUGAACCGAAUGAAAGGAUUGAAAUUUAUUGUAGAGACGGUUACGAAUUAUAUGUCGAAUCUAACAGAGAAUACCUAUUUGAAUUUAUUACCACAAGCAGAUAUGGAGUGUUUGAUAAAGAAAAGAAUAAAUUUCCAGUUUGUCUUGAAAGUAAGUUUAAAUGUUUUGGCUUUGUGUUAAUACUAAUAAGGAAGUAGACCUGAGCAUAAACCAAUUACGAAAGGACAUAUACUCCACUCAUUGGGACAUUAAAAAUGUGUUCCUUAUAUCCGAAGUUUCUUGUAAGCAUAUAGCGAAUUAGUUCCUUGUAUCAGGAGUUUUUACAGCGAACAGAUUAAGAUAUAACGAACUAAUUGUUAACCAUCGUCCUCAAUUUUGAAGAUCAUUUGAUUAAGAAAAAUUAGUCAUUUAAUUAUAUUUUAGACACAAUACCCGGGAGCGUACUAUUUGGAAUUUGAAACUCCUUUGCUAUUUCAGUUUUAGGUUUACUCCCUUACUCAAUUUCUUGCAAAUAUCAUAUUUUGUUCUAAACUCAGUGCUUUUCGUUCUCUUUCCAUGAUUAAGAAUGGAGAAGAUUUUCGAGUUUUCCUACCUCUUUUAUAGAAUAUCUUCU